AUGGCACCCGGCAACGACGAACCGCUCUGGCGAGAACAACUAGGCCCAACCGACCCCCGCGUGCACAACAGCCGCUAUGUAUCCGUGCAGCGGUACAAGAACGAGAUCAGGGUCGACAUUAGAGGGUACUUCUACGACCACAACAACGACAAGGGCUUGCAGCCUACGAAGGCGGGCAUCUCCCUCACGGCGCACGAGUUCCGUUCCUUGGCUAGAUUGAUCCCGCAGAUACAGGAGGAGCUUCGGAUGCGAGAGGACCCUUUGCUUGUCAAGAUGGACGUGAGCAGGGUGGUAGUCGGAGGUGGGCAAAUUGCGGGGGUUGAAGGUAUACUGGGUACUCCAUAG